CCACCUCUAUACGUGUGAGGAAAACAAAACGUGUUCUGUGCUUACAACGAUUUUCUUCCAACUAAAUCAAAAACUUGAGAAAAAAAUCAAUAGAAUUUAGAUCAUUUUACUCAGGAAUAUGGGAUUGCUGUCCUUGCUACGUAAGCUACGAUCGACACCAGAAAAGGAACUCAGGAUUUUACUACUUGGUUUGGAUAACGCCGGCAAGACAACACUACUAAAACAACUAGCUUCCGAGGAAGUUUCACAGGUCACCCCGACUGCAGGCUUCAACAUUAAAUCCGUCGUCUCCGAUGGUUUUAAACUAAACGUAUGGGACAUCGGAGGUCAAAGCAAGAUACGACCCUACUGGAAAAACUACUUCGAGAAUACCGAUGUGUUGAUCUACGUCAUCGAUUCGAGUGAUCGAAAGCGACUCGAGGAGACGGGUGACGAACUGGCGGAACUGUUGCUGGACGAUAAACUUAAGAAUGUUCCGCUACUGGUGUUCGCCAACAAGCAAGACAUUGCUGGUUCUCUUAAGGCCUCCGAGAUUGCCGAAUGUCUGAAGCUGGUUAAGCUAAAAAAUCGUACCUGGCAGAUACAGGGCUGCUCUGCCCUGGAAGGAACCGGAGUUAAGGAUGGAAUGGAUUGGGUUUGUAAAUGUAUUAAAAAGUAAGGCUUAAUGAUUUUUAAAGUUUUUCCUGACCGCUGGACGUGGUCUAUGUGUCCUAGUUUUCUUUGAAUUCUAAAUUCUCAUUCUUUGCCACACAAGCAAGAGAUUGUUUUAUAAAAGUGCAAUAUCUAGCAAUUACCCAAAUAUGAGUAAAAUAAAACAAACAACCGAG